AUAAAACCAGCAACAACAAACUUAGUCUGGGCUCUUUUAUGUUGCUGACCUGAAGCAGCUUCUUCAAGGCAGCCCUGGCAAAGGAUGCAGCAGAGCACUUUACUUAAAAGUGAUCUUGUCAAAAUGUUAAUUUGCUUUUGUUUCCCUUCAACCAGAACCACUUUCUCAGUGAGCUGAGUGGCCAGUUUAUUAUAAGCCUUUUGCUUUUAAAUUUUCAAAGAUGCCAAGAACACCUCAGAUGUUUCUACUUUUUUAAUAGAUCUCUGUAAAGGAUGAGAAGAGAUAAGGAUGUUUGAAUUUUAUUUGUAGCCAAGUUGUCACUUGCUCCAGCCAGCCUCCCAGAAACCUUCCAGCCACUUCCAUCAUUCCUUGUCCUGCUUUCUGCCCGCCCUGAGCUGCAUGGGUACCACUUGUGCCCUUGAGAACCAGGCGUUUGAAGAACUCUCCUGGCAGCACAGCACCGGACAGGGAAGCAGAGGAAGGAGUGGUGGCCUGGCCCCAGCCCAUUGCCCGUGCUGGAGGGCAGGGUCCCUCUCCCGGCUCCCCUCAGCACGGGACGGUGCCAGCGCGAUGGCCCGGCCUGGCAGCACACGAACAGCGCCGAGCAGCAUCUGCUGUGCCCGAGCUCAGGUGCCACGGCAAACUCACGGCUCUCUCUUCUUCCUCCGCAUGUUUCUACCAGCUCUGCUCAGUGUGACAGGACACCCCAGCCUCAUCACCGUGGCCAAGGGUGAGAACGUGGUGCUGCCCUAGCUUCUCCCAGAGCAGCACGCACAGGACAUGGAGGUGACCUGGUUUUGGGAGCAGUUCUCACCCUUUGUACAUUGCUACAAGGGGGGCCAGGACCAGUAUGGGGAGCAGAUGCUUCAAUACCGAGGGCACACUGAGCUGCUGAAGGAUGGCCUUGCACAGGGCAGCACACACUUGAAAAUUUUCCAUGUCCAGCUCUCUGACAGAGGGAACUACACCUGCUUUGUUCAACGUGGCUCAGAUUACAACUGGCCUGUGGUGGACAGGUCUGUAGUUCAUGUCCCUGGUAUCUCUAAUUUACUUUCUCACAGCCAGUGCUCUUUUCCCCUGUCCUCCUGCCCAGAAGGAGAGAAACAGCCAAACCACCAUAUACCCCAGUAUCCAGCACCCCGCAGGCUCACCUGGGAUGCCUCUGUUCCCGCAGCCAGCGGCUCUGCCCUGCUCAUCGCGCUGGAGCGCUACGAGGCUGGGGGGAUCUGGGUGUCCUGUUGCUCAGCCAGCUGGGACCCACGGCCCCAGGUGCUGUGGCAAGAUUCCCAUGGGUGGCAGCUCCUGUCCCACCAGGAAGACACUACCCUGGAUGAGAACGGGCUCUUUGCAGUGGAGAGCAGCAUCAUCCUCACCAGAGGUGUGGCCCAGGAACUCUCCUGCUUGCUGCAGCAUGUCCUGCACAGACUGGAGCAGGGAUCAGCCCUUUGCGUAUCAGAUGAGCCGAGGACGGCAUUGCCCCGCUACGUGCCCGGGGAGCUGUGCUCAGCAGAGCACCCCCAGCGUGCUCAGCACGUGGCCAUUUCCAUUCCAUUUCCAUGUGCAAACAGCUGUGGCUUUUGA